CGUGGUAGCGAGAUUUACGCGUGUUGCCGGUCGCUUGCUUUAUUAACAUUUUCCGAUAAUUUUUACGAAAGUGACACCUGUUCUUUUCAUUUUGAUUUGAUUGCUGCUAUUUGAAAUUUUGCUGCUAUAUGGAUUAAGUUUAGUGUACAGUGUUCAACUAUUAUAUAGUUUGUGAUUCAUAGGUUGCGGUUUUAAUGGCGCGCCAAAACUGCAACCGGUGAGAAAUCUCCGGCAAGCAUUUGAAAAUGCUCCUGCAGGCGGCAACUACAGCGGGACCGGGCGAUUCCACAGCGGGUCAGCGACCUUCCGGAAAUGAAGACCACUAUCCCGGAAGUGGCGCCCCUGCUGGCGGUGGCAAUGAUGAAACGCAACAGCUCCAGGAUUGCAGCAGAGCGUUGCAUGUGUUGGACUAUGCUCCUGCUCCCGGCUGGACCGUCCACGUAACAAAAGAAGGACGAUUGUACUACUGCAAUCACGUGACCAGGACAGCAGGAUGGCUGCCCCCGGCAGAAGCGUGGAAGGCAGGAGACGAAACCUUACCUUACGGUUGGGAACGGGCGGUGGAUGAUUCCGGUAGACCAUACUACAUAAACCAUGUAAAUAAAACGACCACUUACGAGACUCCUGUCUUUCGGGGCCUAGAACCGUUGCCAAAACCUGAACCUAGGUCGGUUACUUUGGAAAGGUCUCCCAGCCUUGGAUUUGGAUUCGUCGCUGGUUCCGAAAAACCGGUGGUAGUUAGGUUCGUAACAGAGGGAGGCCCCAGUGUGAAUAAGCUUCUUCCGGGCGAUCAAAUCCUGUCGGUUAACGGAGAAGACGUGAAAUCAUCUCCCCGAGAACACGUGAUUUCUAUGGUGAGAUCCUGCACCAAGACUGUCAACUUAGUUGUCUGUCAACCCCCUGAACAACAAGGUGUGCGAAAAUCAACUCUUUUGUCUGCAACAAAACGAGCGAGAUUGAAAAGCAAGCCGUCCAGAGUGAGAUUUGCCGAAAGUGUGUGCGUUAACGGCGCUCCUCUGUUUCCGCCGUCCGCGUUCUCCCUUGGCGAUUUAUGUGUUCCGCCGAUGGCCAACGUCCUCAAAGUGUUUCUGGAGAACGGCCAAACAAAAAGCUUCAAAUACGACGCUUGGACGACGGUGAAAGAUGUCGUGGCGUCUUUGCAGUCGAAAUUAUGUAUACAAGCGACAGAACAUUUUAGCUUAGUGGUUGAACACAUUAAGAGUUUAAAAAGAAAUAAGCUUACCCUUUUGGAUCCCCAGGAUACGUUGGCUAGGAUAGCUUCUAGACCAGGUGCUCACAAACUACGGUGCCUUUUUCGAGUCGCCUUCGUGCCAUCGUCUGCGGCUGCUCUGGCCCAAAGAGACUUAAACGCUUUGGAUUAUUUGUACAUUCAGUGCUGCAAUGAUGUAAUUCAGGAGCGGUUCGCACCAGAACUGCAAUAUGAUACUGCUCUUAGGUUGGCAGCCUUACAUAUAUAUCAACACGCUCUGGCCAACAAUAUUCCAGCUGGCAAACUGACUGUUAAAGUAGUCGAAAAAGAAUUCGGUUUGGAACGUUUCGUGCCAGCCUCGAUAUUAGAAAAUAUGAAGAGGAAAGAGGUCUGCAAACUAGUGGGUCAUUUCCUAAAGCUUCACGCCAGCAUGACCGGUCCAGGAAAGCAGCUUACUGCGUUGCAGGCAAAACUGCAUUAUUUAGAUAUAGUUAGUCAACUUCCCAGUUACGGCGCCAAAUGUUUUUCGGCUGGGCCUAGGGGUGAUGCCAUGGAACGAGUUAUUCUAGUAAGUCCCAAAUUUGGGAUCAGUCAAAUUACAGGAACUCGGAAUUCAGUGUUCCAGCCCAUUCCGAUAGCUAGCUUAGAGGACAUGCGUAGAAUUGAAGUGAGGAGCGACGACGAAGUUACGCGUACUGUAUUCGUUAAACUUCAAAACGAUAAAAUACUUUCGAUUCCUUUGGAAGAAAGAGAUGCCAUUGAACUCGUGUUGGUACUGCGGGGUUACUUUUUACUUUGCACAAACCAGAUUCUGCCGGUUGAUCAAGAAGAAGCUGCACCCAUGGAAGAUUUAGCUCCACCUUAUUUGUCGCAACAUAGGGUGGUGCCCGAAAAAUGGAGUUACAUCGAUCAGAGCGCGAUAAAGUCCGUAUGUUUCUCCGUACAGCCGAUAUACCGUGGCGUAAAUAAAAAGACUAAUGGUUUAUAUAAUACAAUGGGUCGACAAUCAAAACCUCCGCUCAUGUUUUCGUAUAGUUUGGACGAUAACAUGAACAAUUCGUUGUCCAAUCGGAAUCAUCAGUACGAUGAUUUCUCCGCGAAUUCUUACGAUUUUCAGAGCGUGGUGUCGAUGGAAAUAUUGGAAAAUGGCGUCACAGAUGCUAAGAACGCCGAGGUACUUAAACGUGUUCAGGAGAUGCAGCAAUUGGUAGAAGAUUCAGAAAAAUAUUUGACAGAACAGGAAAACUUGGAGCGGCUGCAGGAGCUAUCCGAGUGGCAAGAAACGAGCGUAGACGUGGAAAGUGAUACGGACGAACCCGGAAAAUUAAAGCACAGCGAUUCAUUGUUAUUACUAACAAAGGGACACCAUAAUACGGAAAGGAGACCUUCGUUUUCACAUGCGACGAUCGAACUACUCCGGCAAGAAGUUGCGCAAUCGGAAAGCGAUACAGAGUCGCUUUAUACGCCAAACAGUUCGCCGAAGCACAGAAAAGACAGUCGCGAAGAUGGAGCUAAAUUGAACAGAGUAAGUUUCGGAUUGCGAUCCCCGGACAAUUCCGUGGACAAGGACCAAGAUUUCCAAACGUACCUGCAGCGUGUGCGCGACCUCAGAAAUAACGACACUAACGAAAUGGACUCCAUUAGUGAAGUUAAUUACAUUUUCGACCCGGACAUAAUAGAUUUGACUAUGAUUCCACCUCCAGUAACGCCCGACGAACUUGACUGUGCCUUACCUGUACCUAUCAAUAUGCCACCUAAGUCAUUCGCGGACUCUAUGGACAAACUGAAUCGAUUAGAAGAAAUUUUGGAAAAUUCUAAAGACUUGGACGAGUUCUUGGCAAACGUGGCGGUACCUCCGCCCACGCAAAAAGUCACACCCGCGGUAGAAUUGACUCCAGAAGAAAUUAUGGCUUACAUAAUUCCCCCACCUCCCAGCAAGGCGAGCUUAGAAAAUCUUGUUAUAGCCGAAGAACAAAGGAACAAUCAAAAUGUUUCGAAUCAAUCCAACGGCACAAGCAAUCAUUGUCAACCGGUUAAAAUUCGAAAUAGCAAUUCCAUCUUAUUGCCGAACGUGAUAGAAUAUUCGACGGUGGAUCGAAAAGGCACGUUUAGCUGCUGCGGAAAAACUAAAGUCGAAAAAGCUUUCAAGGCGGAUGAAACUGUUCAGAACGAUGACGUCAUUAAACCGCCGCCGAGGAGGAGUUCUGAUGAAAAACCACCUGAAAGACCACCAAAAAUUGUGACGCAGGAGAGGCAGCGUUCUCAUUCUUUAACAUCAACUGCCUCCAAGGGUACAACAACCGCAGAUUUUCCACCUCCAAAAUUACCCCCGCGUGGCGAUAACAGUCAUCCAGCCCCAUCACACCUAUUCUUGCCGCCGAAGAAACCUCCGCUGCCACCGGUCCCUCCCUUAGAUGUUCUCCGUCAAAAGAAAACUGGCCACCAUUAUAAGGCACCCUCAGAGCUUAGGACGGCUAGUAUCGGCAGUCCGCAUCUCCAAAGAAAUAAAAGCGUCGGCAAUGAAAGUGACGAGAACGCAGAUACUAGACUGACUAGGCAUGUUAGUAGUGCUGUUAGUACACCAACUUCGCCACAUCUGGGUAGGAACGCUCAACUGUCAACGGUUGAUGUUCAUAUAGAAUCACCGUGUAACCAGUAUACUUCCAAAGUUCCUGGACCAUCCCCAUUUGUAAAAAACACUUCGUAUUUGCACAAUUCGUACGAUCGACACAUUGAUAAACGACAUUUAUCACCACGGGCCAACGAACAGGAGGCAGAGGCUCAUUUCAACGGGGACUUAUCGCCUAGGAAUGUAUGUAAUUCAUCAACUCGUGAAAAUCUACUAGCAAAAACGGAUGUGGCAAUGGCGGGAUUACUGGUCCGAUUGGACCAAGUUGCGGCCCAGUGUACGGCUGCCCAAGUGCACGGUGGCGGGAAAUUGAUAUCCGAGGAAAAGUUUCAGCUCGCCAAAGAAGAGCUAACGACACAGUGCCUGCAGCUCGUGACAUCAAGCAAGAUGUUGGUAAUAGCGAUGUCGGAUCCGACGCUGCCCGAUUUGCCUGAAAAUUUGGCAAUUUGCCUGACGAUAUUAAGACGUCUGACGGAAUUAUGCCAGGACCUUUCUAACCACACAACAGCUCCGUUACAGACGAGAAACUUGAUUCUUAAAGUCCACGACGUAACGGCAACAUUCCGUUAUCUUAUUACUGCAAAUAUCGAUCGAAGUUCUCAGAAAUCAAUCGAAGAACACUUGGCGGCGCAGGCCGAAUCGUUAGCUAAUGUCUUGGCAACUUUGCUGAGAAGUCUGAGAGUAUUUUCGCCGUAGGAGGUGAAAUAUAAUCGCUUCAGGCGAUGAGGAGACUAACAAAAUAAUAUCGACUGAAUGUAAUUUCUAAAUGUAGCCACAGGUAGAAUGAAUUUUAUAAAUUCGUUAGAUAAGAAAUAGGCCCACUUAUGAGAAGAUUUUGAAACUGUGUAAAUCUGUCGUGAAAUCGGUGUAGACGAUUGUACAGAAAAUGAAAAAGUACAUUGACGGGUUAUUUGGUGUAGCCUCUCUAAAACGUCCAUAAAAUAGUAAAUUCGAAACCAUCAAAUUUGUUUGCGAAUGGAACAACUUCUCAACUCAUCAUUGUAAGGUUGUUUCGUUUACUAGUCGUUAGUUCUUCGUUUUUACUUUUUUGUUUAUAUUGGGACACUUUUUCAUAAUAAUAUUGGUAAUAACGGCUAUUUUCUCUCUCUCCCUCUCUCUUCUGUGACAAAGUAAAUCGUUGAUUAAGAAACGUUAACUCCUAUUUGUUUCAUUAAUUUAUGUUUUAAAAUCGUCGACUAGCAUAAAACAAAUAAAACCACAUAAGUGUACAAAAUGUAGUUCAUCCUCGAUAUAUCCAGAAUUUUAUGAAUUCCAAAAACAGAGCAAUUUUAUUUCACUAACAUUAUCAGUUGACCUUAAUUGAAAAAUUAAUCUCAAAUCGAGAUCCGUCUCCAUGAACACAAUAAGAAGGAUGCUGGAUGUUUUUUUUUUUUUCGGUUAGAUCAAAUAGUUUUCGAUCACCUUUCGCCAUAGUUCCACAAGUGCUUAGGAAGAGUAGGUUAGAGGAAUCGAUACUUUUGACGAAAUUUGACGUGUUUCAGGUUAUUUUAAAUAAUAUGAUGUUACUGGCGGUUAACAACACUUUGCGGAGCACUUUCGUCAUAUUAUUAUUCUAAAAUAAGCAAUCGCAAAGCAAACUAAUUGGAGAUUGAAAAUAUUGUGCUAUUUACUAAUAAAUCCUGCAAUUAGAUUAAGAUCUAGUUCGGUGUGGAUUCUUCUGGGGUUUUAAGUCGCUCUUUAUAUACUAAAGCAACGAACUCUAAUAUCGACUAUGGAGUACAAAAUGUAACACGAAUUCUUCAUUUCACUUUAAUUCCUAAAUAUUCGAACGAUUUUAAGUCAGCCACUGGCUAUUUCAUAAUCGGAAGUAUGUACAUUUAAGGUAACUGCCGUAGGAUAAUAUACCACCAGUUAAAGUUAGAUUCCACUUUCAUAGCCGCAUUGUAAAAAUAAAAUGAAAUGAAAUGAGUUUGCAGCGAAACAAAAACCGCAGAAACCGUUGAUAUCGGUUAUCUAGAAUAUCAACAAGAAACAAUACCGAACUUGAUCAAGUCUGUGAGUAAAGUAUCACAUAUAUUAGGGCAACAUAUCCGUUAUAUGAAAUUAAAAGUUAAGUGAUAAAUUAUAUAGUUGUCAAUGAUUAUUCCCUUUUUAAUUAGUAAAAAAACGCAAAUACUACAAUUGCUUAGGAAACUCGAAAUAAAAUUUUGCUAAUACAGUCAAAUAUCUAAGUAAAUUGUCUUUCAUAGACCGAAACUCAUAAGUGUUAGGGUUUUUAUGCACACAAGUAUACGACUAUAAAUAUUAAUCUUUAUGGACACAUACAUUAAACUGUUUUAACACUUCGAUUUCUUCCACAAAAGUUCUUUUUUUAAGACCCCGGGAGAUAUGGUUACAUUAACAUUUAUACGAUCAAGUCUUGCUGCCAUUUGAUAAUGCGGAUCACAGUUUAAAAAGUUCUUUGCUUUGUUAUUUUAAUAAUUUUGGAUCAUUUCAAAAAUGCGCCUUUCAGAUUUUAUUUAACUAAAACCAGGUUUUCGUCUAAUAGUUUCAAGAACUUUUCCUCGCUGUCAUGUUGAAAAUCUUUUUGCUUCUGGUGAACAUUACCUUGGAUUGGCUUCGAUAGGUUUCAUAAAGAAUAUGCGGGGUGUAUCAGCUGUGGUUUGUCCGAUCGCACUCGGUUUCAAAUCGGUUUAAUUGACUAUUCACUAAAGGCAACCAAUUUCAGUAUUCCUGCUCAACCAUGACAUAUUAGGAGUGCUGCUUUUAGUUGCUUAUCUAUUACUACCACAUAAAUGCAGGAAUUUUCUUAGCCCUUAAAAUACCUAGUGCACAUCUUAGGAUCCCUGCUUGUUUGUAAUCAAUUUUAUAAAAAUGGAAUCUACCUGUUGAAUGUUCAAUUAAACAAAAGACAACAAAAUUGGAAUUGGAAUUUUGGGAAUGUUGGGUCCUUUUAACAUUAUUAAACCAAAUUUGUUCCUUACAGUCAGACCUUAUUAAUUUAGGGCAUUUCACAAAAAGCAAGCAUCAAAUCAUUGAAAUGUGUGACCAAUUGUUUACAUUUGUAGAUAGGGAAUGAAUAAGACUAAGUAAUUCGGGAAGUAUAUAAUACUCCAUAACUAUAUGUGAUAUUCAUUAUAUUAUUGGAAUAAAUGUGUGUACAGUUCAUUAUACUACAUAACAAAUGUUUAAUAUUUUAAUGUUGUUUUAUAUAAUUUAAAACUUUGUUAUAAUUGAUGAUUGAUUUAGUAAUUAAGUAUAGUAUAGUAUGUUGUUUUUAGUCAAUGAAGUACCUAGAAUUGAAAUCCUAGUCAGCAGGUACAACAAGAUGAAAAAUGUAGUUACCCAUAUUAACAUUUCCGUAAAGUAUUAUUCUGUAUGGCCCUUAAAAUAUAUCUGUUAAAAUGUUGAAUAUUUACAUAGGUACGGACCAAUGUCAUACAUAUUUCCAGAUUGUUGUAAUAGAUAUAUGAAUUCUUAAAAAGAAACUGU